AUGAGUGAUAUUCAUAUUCCGCAGCCGGUACUUGAUUGGUUGUUUAAGGUAUUGCAGCCCACUUAUUCUGAUCCCAGGAGUACGUUCCAUGAUGUCGUACAAGUGCUAGCAUCUUUUCAGUUGAGACCUCGAACUCGAGUUUUCACCUUUCCAGAUGGAUCAUCUGCACUCCUAUUGUCAUUAUACGGAACCUUAGACGGUGUUCCAAUAAUUGUAUGGAUCCCAAAACAAUAUCCAGUUACAGUACCGUAUAUUUACUUGGAUUUAAACUCCUUGACUGGUGAUUUGAAGAUACAGGUGAAUCAAUAUCUUGAUAUAAGUGGACAAUUCUUCUUACCAAUAUUUGGAGCGUGGAGUGGCCAGCCAGGAAGUUUAUUACAGGCAAUACACCAGUUAUUAGAAAUAUGGCAUAACUAUUAUCCAUUGUUUGAUGCGACUUCCAUGAAUGCGCCUCCCUUGCCUGCGAAAACAAAUGAAGGACUUUUGAAGAUUGAAUCUGAAGUGCAGCAACUUCCCCCAAAGCUAAAUCAUCAUGUUCCUAUAAUUGACGCGUCAAAUAACCUCAAGCCUGUUGAAACAGGACUACAACAACUCCCACCACCAAUUCCUAAAAGGCCUUCAGUACCGACUUCCUCUCAGCAGGUUGAUGUAAAUUGCCCAAUCAGUCCACCUUUUGGCGAAUACGGAAAUUUCGUUAGUUCAUCUGCUGGGCCUACACUGAAGGAUGAAUCUCCUAGAAUAGGGUCUCAAACUAUGAUACCGAAUAGUGCUGCCGAACCCAAACAAGAAACGACGUUCACUUUUGAGCUGCCGCCAGAUCUAAUUGACGAUGUCACCGAAAUAAAAUCCCAUUCGACUCACAAUGAGCUACUUCAUAAACUCUAUGAAUUAAUCGAUAAGCUGGCUGUACAAGACAUGAUAAAUCUAAAAAACUAUAUAGGGUCACACUCAUUUAAUAUUGAUGCGAUUCUCACGAAAUACUCCUCUCACAAAUCAUACGAAAAGGAUCUUAUCGAAAGAGUGAAACAUUCAAUUGCGGAAAAUACUACUGCCAUAACCCAUGAAAUGAAGAAAUUAGAUGAAGAGAUGGAAAAAGCUAAGGAGCUUGAAAACAGCAUAGAUCCCGCCUCAAUCGCAAUCCCUGAGACCCCUGCAUUUGUACAACUUUACAACUUGGUCGCGAGGGAUCAUGCUUUGAACGAUGCUAUCGGGACCGUUUCCCAGCUCUUUCAUAGGGAGAAGAUCUCAUUAAACAUAAUGUUGCGGAAGACUAGAGAAUUAUCAUUUGAACAAUUCAAGACAAGAUAUUUGAUUUCAAAGAUCAAUGACCUUUUGGACUAG